AUAGGUUUCAUCGAAAUCUGAUUGAUAUUAUUAUGUAGAAAUGAUAUAUUUUCUAAGCAAGAAAUACAGCAACAAAAAUAAAUCAACAAAAUGUCGAACAAAAUAUACUGGGAGCCGGCAAAGGCUUUCCGCCCGGAAAACGAGAGGUCGAAAGUAGAUAUCUGGCACCGGUCAUUCAAACCGACUUACGAGCAGGAGGAGCCCCAGAUGGCACUGCUUCUAUCCUGGCACUACGGUCGCCAGUGGGUGGAGGAGCGUGAUAUGAACAAGAUGGAGACCAAGGUGAAGAUGAUGAAGGAGGUCAAAUUCAUUCCACCCAACUAUACCAGUUGGCUUGAGAAGCGGAGGCCCAAAAGGACUAAGCAACAGCUGCUCAGAUCUUGAUGUUUUAUUUGUGUUCAUUAAGUUAUCCAGCUUUUGAAUAUGAACUUUUGUAAAAAUUGUUUAUUAAUUAAUAGUCACGUUCUGGCUUUCUUUAUAAAAUUUGUAUCUAAAUGUAUGAAAAUAAUACAACAAAAUAGUAUGUAAUGUAUAGAUUUUAAACAUAAUAAUAUUAA